GCUCACCCACGCUUGAUUGGAGAACAAUAUUUACAACAGAAUGGUCGCCAUUUUUAUUUCAAACGUAAUAUCGGAUAAUGUCAAUGGCGAAUUAUGUAUUGAACACAGAUUGAUCAUACAAAAUAGCAGCUCACUUUCUUCAAGCUGUGAUAUCAUAUCAACACCUGAGAUUUUUUUGUAGGAUCCGCGGUAUUUCUGAAUAUGAGGUGACCGAUAAUAACGGAGACAUCGUUAUUUCCCGAUUGGAGUUGCCAGACGAGUGCUGGUCGGCACUAAACUUUGAUGCUUAGAGAAAAGUUUUUUUUUUAAGGAUAAAAUUCCCACAUCAAAAUGGCCCGGGGUGUCAACGAAGAGCAAGAGAGUGGGGAAGAUGUCGAGUCGCAGGAUCACGAGGAAACGGAAAAGGGUUAUGGUUACACACAGCCGCUAAGUGGUUACUUGCUUGACACAAAGAUACUAACAAUCAACAUCAACGCACCUGAUAGGACAGAAGUUUCACAGGACCAUAAAGAAUUUCAGGAGCAGGAAAUCCGAGUCAAGCAUGAAUUGGAAGAGGAACCGGAAAAACAUCCCCUAAUUACUUCUUGGGAAUAUGAUGCUAAUAAAGACAACACCAUCCUUGAUCUCGUCCAAUCAAAGAUGCCUUUGACGGAAGUUCUGUAUUUUGUAGCUGAACAUUGCCCAAACUUGCGAGAUUUAAGGCUGCAUGCCAACGUACAAGUACCAGAGUUUGUAUCAAUAGGUGACCUUCAGAGCAGAUCCAAAGAUUUCGGCUACAAAAGUGAUGAAAAGGAUUUAUCUGAACUUCGAGUACACAUUCGCUUUCGUCAUCAAGAGACUUCUAUUCCAUUUUACGGUCUCUUGAUGAUAAUGUCACUCAUAUUUCCCAAUAUAUCUGAUCUUACAAUAUAUGGCGAAGACGAAACCGAGCUAAGGAUCUGGGAUUACUUGUACAGGCCAACUGUACCAAAAUUGCGCCUUCUCCCGGAAGUUCGUAAGCUGACGUUGAAGCAGUUUAUUGGAUCUAUUAGCCUGCUUAUGCUUUUGAACUUGGUAAUCUUACAUUUAUCAAAUCUCCCGUUACUUCGGAUAAUCAAAUGCAACGUAGAUCUUGAUGUUCAAGUGGGAAGUGAAAUCAUGAAAAAGAUCAGAUCUAAAUCAAAUCUGCGUCAUCUCGAAAUAAUUCCAGUAACUGACAUCCCUUUCACAUUCCUAUACGAGCUGGUAUUCAAGGUUUGCAAUAAUUGCUUGAACCUAAACAACUUCAUCGUGCAAAAUUGUAAAGCCAAACACAUAAGCUUUCAGUUAUUGAAAUGGACCAAGACAAAACAUGAACUGUAUUUGAAGCAAUCGUCACCCCUGAAGGAUUUCAAAGAUAUUAUGUCCAUUGUGAAGAAGUUCCCAUACAUACGUAAACUAGAAGCGGAUGAGUGUGGUUCAUUCGAAAGAUCAGAAAUUCUCGAAAUAGUAAAGACUUGUUCAAGUCUGCAAUAUUUGUCUUCUGUGGCAAAUGGCAAGAGAAGUACACUCGCCAUUUCUGAUCAGAAUCUGAUGAGAGAAUCCGCUUCAGAGCCAAUCAGCAAGUCAUUCGGCAGGCUGGGAGGGGAAUUAAUAUUUGAAAAGUACGGCAUUAUAUUGAAUGUUCCAGAAGGGGCAAUAGAGAGAGAAGGGGAGAUUGACAUUGGUCUCCAGGUGUUGACCAAUCCCCCAUCGACGCAUUUGCAAGGAGAUGAAAUGGUAUGCAGCUUUGGAUUCCGGUGUACCAUUCCUAAACUACCAGGCUUAAGGUUUGCAAAACCUGUCAAGGUAACAGUUCCGCAUUCUGCAAUCCUUGAGGUUCACCCUUCGGAAGUCCAUGUAGGAAUGUACAGCGGUGAACUGUGGCAUGAUACAGGAGAUGUACAUAAAGAUAUAAGUACAAUCUCUUACAAUUGGCCGUCAAAGGGGAGUCUUCCGAGGUGCGAGCUGGGAACAAACGAGAUAUCCGUCUUCAUUGAUCACUUUUCAUUUGGAUGGCCGGUCUUGAAGAUUCGCAAUCCCUUUAACUUGAAGAAGCACGUGAGAGGUAAGAUGAUGGGAUGCCUGCCCUUCGUACCAAAUCAGAUGCCUCCAACAAGAAAGCCAGUUUUACGGGUACAUCUCUUCGACCACCUUAAGGGCAAUCCUGAGGAGAUUCAAAAAGAAGAAUCGGAUUGUGAUUUCCAGAAGGCUCUUCCCAAGUUUUAUCUUCAUGUUAAAUCCAACCUAGAUGUGACAUAUCAAAUGGAUGGACGUAUGCCAGAGGAUAAAUCGAUGUAUACGGGGGCUAUUCUCUACAAAGACCUGAAGAAGGAUAUCAGUAACUUCGUUUCCCUUGCUCUGGAUUUCUCUAGACGUGAAGAACAUUAUGCAUUGGUCACUUUAUCAUUAACACAGGACCCUCAACAUGAUGAUGAAGAAAGACCAGAGAAAAGGCAAUGUUUCAACGUCAACUUUCGAGGUGACUCAAGAGAAAGUUCUUCCUCCGUUACCAGUCGGAGAAGAUCUAAUGACGAAUUUGACGAGAUAAUCCUUAAGCAAGUAGCGCGGGAACUUCAUCAGAGAGAAGAUAUCGACAACCUGGGGGAUAAACUGGGUAUUAGCGUACCAGAUAGAUGCCGGUUCAUUGAGCAAAACAGUACAAAUGGCGUUAAUUCAAGAGGCACCCUCGAUAUGCUAAGGACGUGGCGAUCAGGCGUUGAUAACUCAGAAAAAGAAUCGAUUCUUAGGGAUGCUCUACGCCGUGCAGGCCUGAUCAACCUACUAUCCAGGCUUUUUCCAGAGCUCGAAGAUGGGGCCGAACUACCAGAUCGUGAAGGGAAUACUGAUAGCACUUGAAACCUCUUCGGGCUUCGCCUAUACAUGUCCCAAAGAAUGUCAGUCACUUAAUGGAAAUUACACACGGUGAAGUUAAGGUGUAACAAAACGAAAUGUGAUUGCACGUCAAUUUGUCAAUUUAUUACAAACAUAGCCUUAUGUUCAUAUCUUAUAAAGGUCUCCAAAUAACGUUCAAAGAUGAGAACAUUUAUGGAAUGCCCGCGAUUAUUUAGAUCUCGUUGAAGAAGUGACUGUUCCUUCAAAUGAAACGUAUAGUGGCCGUGGAAUACAAUCAAAUAGCUAAAAAUAAUAUAAUAUAAUUGUAAAUGGAUAAUAUAGAUGUACAAGCAUCACAUAAAAUUAUGAUGAUAAUAAUAUAAGAUAAUGAUGUUCAGUUCUUUUGUUACAUAACUUACACAGCCAAGUAAGUUAUUAUGCACUUGUGAAACAAUAUAAUUACCGUAAGUACAAAUUGAGAAACAAAAUAAGUGAGUCAAGUGUGUUGGCGACUGAGUUACAUUGAUUUUUAAACAAAUUGAUUCCUAAAUGUUUCUAAAUCAUGCAUAUUCAUUAAAUGAUAUCGUAUUAUGAUCACUCAAUAAUGAAUGUAUUAUUCAUUGUGUGUAUACAUAUUGGUCGAUGUUUAUAAACAAUAAUAGAAAAUAAUAAUACUUGAGACUAGCAAUGGACCAAUACUUUGUUAAAACACUGUACUAGCGCAUGCAAUGCAUUAAUUCAUUUUAUUCAGAAUUUGACGAAUCUGUUCAAUUCGGUUAAUUUAACUUUGAUUGAAUUUGAUUGAAAUUCGCAUGAAUUACACCGAAUAAAAUUCGAUCAGACUCGAGUAAAAGAUAUUUAUUCUCAAUGUCACUUGAAUAAAAUUUAGAUUAAGAUUUAGUUUUUGUCUCACCUGCAUAGCAGAUUGAGACUAUAGGCACCGCUUUUCCGACGGCG